AACCAAGUUGCUAUAAUGAGAAACCAAAGAAGAACUCUCUUCUUUCUUCUUCUAUUUGUAUUCAUCUCUAUCUCAUCUGUAUAUUCAACCAGAAAUUCUCUUUCAAGAGGCUCUUCUUUAACUGUCAAAGAUGCUUCAAACACAGAUGAUUUCCUCAUUUCCCCUGACAACACUUUCACCUGUGGAUUUUACAGUCUUGGAACCAAUGCUUAUUGGUUCUCAAUCUGGUUCACAAAUUCAAACGAAAGAACCGUUAUUUGGACAGCUAACCGUGACCAUCCUGUCAAUCGGCGUGGCUCACAACUAUCUUUAAGACACAAUGGUGUGAUGGUGUUGACAGACUUUGAUGGCUCAACGACUUGGCAAACAAAUUCUACUGUAGUUGAUGUUGAUAGAGCCGAGCUUCUCAACACGGGGAACCUUGUCAUAAGGGAUAAUGGUGGUAAUAUUCUUUGGCAAAGCUUUGAUUUUCCUACUGAUACUUUGCUUCCUCAUCAACUGUUUACCAAGAAUAACAGAUUGGUGUCUAGGAUUGGUCCUCAAACAUUUGGUUCUGGUUAUUAUAAUUUCUUUUUUGAUAGUGAUACUUUGCUUAAAUUGAUAUAUGAUGGUCCUGAAGUUUCAAGCAUUUACUGGCCUAAUCUUUUUCUUAAUGUAUAUGAAAAUGGUAGAACUAAUUACAAUAGUAGUAGGAUUGCAGUACUUGAUGAUACGGGCACUUUUUCUUCAAGUGACCGGCUACAAUUUACGGCUUCAGAUUCUGAUGUAGGCGGUGAUGUUAUGAUUAAAAGACGGUUAACGUUGGAUUAUGAUGGGAAUAUGCGGGUUUAUAGCUUGAGUGAGUCGUCUGGGUUAUGGGAUGUAACAUGGCAAGCACUUUCAAAGCCAUGUGAUGUCCAUGGUGUUUGUGGUAGGAAUGGUAUUUGUGUUUAUACACCGGAGCCAAUAUGUAGUUGUCCUCCCAGCUACGAGCCAACUGAUUUAAGUGAUUGGAGCCAAGGGUGCAAGCCGCGAUUCCAGAGAAACUGCUCAGACUCUGAGUUUGUUGAGAUUUCCCAUGUUGAUUACUAUGGAUUUGAUCUCGCCAACCCAGCUGCAGUUUCAUAUGAUGAGUGCAGGCAACUUUGCUUGGAAGAUUGUCAAUGUGAAGGAUUUAGCUAUAGAAUUACUGGUCAUGGAACUUGUUACACAAAAAGUCCCCUUUUUAAUGGAUUUAGGUCGAAUGAUUUCCCAGGUAACAUAUAUCUUCGAGUACCAAGAAGUAUUGUACAGAGAUUGAAUCCUGUGAUAGACCUCAAUGUGUCUCGUCUUGAUUGUGGGAUCAACAGGCAGGGUAGAGUAGUUGUACUGCCCAACACAUAUGAUAUCAGAAAUCAAAGAUUUAACUGGGUUUAUCUGUAUUCAUUUGCUAUCAUCAUUGGUGCACUUGAAGUAAUCCUUUUAGUAGCAGGGUGGCUGCUUCUUUUCAAGAAGAAUGGUCUUUCAUCUUCAAUGGAAGAUGGAUAUCGUGCUAUUUCUAAUCAGUUUAGGAGCUUUAGCUACAACGAGCUCAAGACUGCAACGAGAAAAUUCAAGGAAGUCAUAGGACAAGGAGGGUUUGGUGCUGUUUACAAGGGUAUUCUGGCAGAUGAGAGACUAGUUGCGGUGAAGAAACUUGGAGAUAUUGUUCAAGGAGAGGAAGAAUUUUGGGCAGAAGUGAGCACGAUUGGUAAAAUCAACCAUAUGAAUCUAGCUAGAAUGUGGGGUUUUUGUUCCGAGAGAAAGCAUAGACUCUUGGUCUAUGAGUACGUGGAGAAUGGAUCUUUGGACAAACAUUUGUUCUCAAGCAAGACCAUUUUGGGUUGGAAAGAGAGAUUCAAAGUUGCAAUAGGUACGGCUAAAGGCUUAGCUUACCUUCACCACGAGUGUCUAGAAUGGGUUAUCCAUUGUGAUGUUAAACCUGAAAACAUACUCUUGGAUGAAGAUUAUGAGCCAAAGAUUUCAGAUUUUGGACUCGCAAAGUUAUGUCAAAGAGGGAGUCAUAGUUCACCUGAGUUUAGUAGGAUAAGAGGUACAAAAGGUUAUAUGGCUCCUGAAUGGGCAAUGAAUCUUCCAAUUACUGCAAAGGUUGAUGUCUAUAGUUAUGGUGUUGUUCUUCUAGAGCUCGUGAAGGGAAUUCGACUAUCAAGUUGGGUGGUGGAUGAUCAUCUCGGAUUCGAGGAAGUACCUGAACUUGUAAGAUUUGUAAGAUUGGCUAAACAGAAAAUGCAAACUGAAGAUGAUUCAUGGGUAGAAGACUUGGUCGACCCACGAUUGGAAGAAAAGUUCAGCAAGAAUCAAGUGGCUAUGAUGAUUGAAGUUGGGCUUUGUUGUGUGGAGGAUGAUAGAAAUAAAAGGCCAACCUUGGAAUAUGUUGCCCAACUUCUUGCAGAAUGUGAGAAAGAAAUGCACACUCAUACAACCGUGUAACUCCAAUUCCUCUCGGUGUACCUUGUCAUUUCAAACUUGCAAGUACGCAACUGUAUGAUACUAGAAUUCUGUUUUUUUUUUUUUUUCUUUUUAGAGUACAAAAAAAAUACCAUUUGGUUUGGGGUGAGAGAGGCUCGAACUCUCGACCUCAGGAUCACUCAACUUAGCUAUGAGACCUACGCGCUAGCCAACUGCGCCACCACCCCAAUUGUUGAAUAUUAAAUUUAAGAAGUUUUCUCUUUCAACACACACUAGUUUGACAGUAAU